AUGGAUGACUGGGACAACGUCACCAAGAUCGGCUCCAAGGCCCGCGGCGGAGCCUCUUCGAGAGAGACUGUCAUCAAGGGAAAGAGCGCCCUCAACGCCGCCCAGCGCAGUGGUUCCGUCAUUGGCACUGAGAAGAAGUUCGCUGCCGGCAAUGCUUCCUCCAGACCCGGUGUCGAGGGUCAGCGCCUGACAAAGGUCGACCGCUCCGACGACAUCAUCAAGCCCAACACCGUCGGCAAGGAGGUUGGCGACGCCAUCUCCCAGACGCGCCAGAAGAUGGAGCCCAAGAUGACCCAGAAGGACCUCGCCACCAAGUGCAACACCACCCAGACCGUUGUCGCCGAGUUCGAGCGCGGCUCCGCCGCCCCCGACCAGAAGGUCCUCGCCGCGAUGGAGCGUGUCCUCAACGUCAAGCUGAGGGGCAACGACAUCGGCGCCCCUCGUUUCGCCAAGAAGAAAUAA